AACGCUGUUUCACUAGAUCGUAUAAGCUUUACUUUCUGAUAACGACUCCGACUUGACUCCGUCGCUAGUGAAAACCAACUUUUACUCGACUUAUGAUGGCACAUAUCGAAAUUGUAGGGAACUUUUAGGGACGUACCAUAAGAAAAGCCAUGGGGGCUGGGGCGAAAUACACAACAAGAUCAGGUGACAAGAUAUUCAUGGAAGGAAAACUUAAGUGAACAAAUAAGGAAAAUGUUGUGAAAAAGAUGUAAUUAUUGUAGUUUGAAAAUUGUCUUUGUACUGUAAAAAGAAGCGUGACUUCAAUAGAGAGCUUUAGAUUCGAGGACGAGGUAGGGUUAGAUAAAUUAUGCUCGAAAAUUUGAGCACUAUGCUUUUGGGCGUCACUCCUAAAAUAGCAUGCUCGAAAUUACGUUCGUGCCCUAGUAUUAUGCUCAAAGAUGCUGAGUUAAUUUUGCACAAAUAAAAAAACAAAAUAGGGGCUAACAUAUUAUUUCCUUCUUUUAAAUAACAACGACGUCUUUGAAAUAAGACUGCUCUCAUACGGAGCAAAAAGAGCUCAAUGUUAGCAGUCUUUUCAGUUCGGUUCAUGACAAGUGAAAACGCUUCGUUGUUUAUCGCUGGAACAUCAGGAAGCUAUGUUGUACUCUCAAAGUUACAGGCCUAGGAAGCCAGGCAUAAAGUAAGGUAGCCAGGUCUUCAACAAAGCCUGAAAGGUGUCGAACUGAUUAAGUCCAUCAAUGAUUCCUAGUGGUUGCUGGACUACUAAGGCAAGGGUUUGUCUGAAAUGACCCCGGCUGGUCAAAGUGUUCUGAUACGGUGACAUCCAGUCCUGAGUUGAAUAAGUGAUAAUGGCGUCUGGACAAACAUUUACGUCAACUGCGUUCGGGAAUCGUUGACGAGAAACCUUGUCGAAGACUAUUAGACCGGAGGCCUUCUCAAUUGUAUCUGUUGGGACUUGAAACAUGUGCAGUGGCGUCUUCUCGUUGAUUGGUUGAUUCGGCAAUAUGUAGGACUACAACGAGAGAUAGAACAUGUGACUGAUUGUUGUCACGUGAUGUGUCUUUUUUUAAGACAUGAUUGUUAAUAG